GGCAGCUCAGUACUGAGAGUCUGAGCGUGACCUCUAUAGCGGUUGAAAACAUAGCGGAUCCUCGGCUCGAUCAGUGGGGUGUUUGUUUAGGUCUUCAUUUUACCUGUCAACACAGUAGCGUUACUCUGAGAUAACAGCACCGCGAGACAGGCUUAUGUGCUCCGUGCCGCUGGAUCUCCGCUCAGGGGUCCUCAGAGAGUCAGAGACAGCACUGCAGCAUCAGUAUGGGUGUGAUCAGUGUGCAGCUGGUGGUUACCAUGGUAAUGGCCAGCGUGAUUCAGAAGAUCAUACCCCACUAUUCUUUUGCACGAUGGCUCCUCUGCAGUGGCAGUUUGCGUUGGUACCAGCACCCCACAGAAGAUGAGCUGAGGACUUUAGCUGGAAAACAGCAGAAAGGAGGCAAGAGCAAGAAGGACAGGAAGUACAAUGGGCACAUGGAGAACAAGCCGAUGACUAUUCCCAAAGACAUCGACCUUCAGCUAGAGACUAAAUGCAUUGCAGAAGUGGACACACUAGCUCUGCAUUAUUUUCCUGAAUUCCAGUGGCUGGUGGACUUCACGGUGGCUGCCACUGUGGUGUAUCUCAUCACCGAGCUGUACUUCUGUGUGGCAGAGCCAAGUGGAGAGAUGAACAUCAGUGUGGUGUGGAGCCUGCUGGUCUUGGCCUUUGUCAUGAAGAUCCUUUUCUCCCUCACGGCUCACUACUUCAGACUAGAGGAGGGCGGUGAGCGCUCCCUCUGUAUCACCUUCGCCGCCUUCUUCUUUGUGAAAGCUAUGGCUAUUCUUAUUGUCACAGAGAACUACCUGGAAUUUGGCCUUGAGACAGGCUUUGCAAAUUUUUCCGAAAGUGCCGUGCAGUUUCUGGAGAACCAAGGCCUUGAGUCUCAGGGACCCAUAUCCAAGCUGACCUUUAAACUGAUCCUGGCUCUGCUCUGUGCUCUCAUUGGAGCCUUUCUCACCUUCCCUGGCAUGCGAUUGGCCCAGAUGCAUAUUGAUGCCCUCACAAUAAUCAACUGCAAAGUCACACAGACCUUGCUACAUAUCAACUUCCUGGCCCCCUUAAUCAUGGUACUGCUAUGGGUGAAGCCCAUAACAAAGGAUUACAUAAUAAAUCCCACAUUUGGGAAAGAUAGUGUGCCUUUGAUGUCUGAGAAGACAUAUGACACAUUGCGUCUGUGGGUGAUCCUGCUUCUGUGUGUGUUGAGACUCGCCAUGAUGCGGCAUCAUCUCCAGGCCUACCUUAACCUGGCCCAGAAGGGCGUCUUGCAGAUGAAGAAGGAAGCGGGACGCAUUAGUACAGUGGACCUUCAAAAGAUGGUCGCCCGAGUCUUUUACUACCUGUGUGUAAUAGCUCUUCAGUAUGUUGCACCUCUGGUGAUGCUGUUGCACACUACUUUGCUGCUAAAGACAUUAGGUGGAUACUCGUGGGUGAUUUACCCCGAAGAGAAUUUGCCGUGUCUGUCAAAUGAGGACUCGAGCCCCGUGGAGGUGGGGCAAGGCGAGAUGCAGGCCUCUCAAAGUGUGGCCCAUCUGUCAAUGGCUCUCGGGGGGCUGAGGACUGUUUUCUCCCCCUUGCUUUUUCGAGGGCUCCUGUCUUUCUUCACUUGGUGGAUUGCUGCAUGCCUGUUCUCCACCUCUCUCUUCGGCCUCUUCUACCACCAGUAUCUGAUGGCUGCAUAGCAUCGUGAAGGGCUUGUCCGACUGAACUGUAAGACACGAGGCCCUGGAACAUUCCCCUUUUUCUCCAACCAUAUCAGCUGGGUUCCUCUGUGGACACGUUAUUUUAACCUAGCCAAUACAUAAACAGCAACGGUAACAAUUCAAUCAUUGUAACAUUCAAAAGCAUCAACGGACAGAGCAUGGCGUCUGAAAGAGACCUCAGAAUAAUGCUGAUUUUAAAGGGGAUGGCGUCUUUGAACCACCAGAAGGUUGAAAGCGAGGGAUCACUCAUUGUCAAUGACAUUCUGCUUUUUUUUUUUUAUUCAGAGUUUAAAAUG